AUCAGCCUGGCCAGCCUGAGGCUGUUUGAGGAGCUCCUGCAGAAGCCCCACGAGCACGUGGCACACAACCUGGUGCUGAGGAACCUGGAGACCAGGGGCUACCUGCAGCGCAGCCCCCACGCGCCCGAGGAGCGUGGACCCCCCGACACAGACCCUGACGAGGAUGGGCUGGACCUGGAGGAGGAUCCCUAUUUCACAGAUGGAUUCCCAGACACUGGAUUUGGGUCGCCAAAAAGGUCUCCCCUAGGAUCAGCCCCAUUGGAGAAGGGGCAAGUGAGUGAGGUGGUCAGCAGCUUCCUCUGCCUGGUCCCAGAGGAGGCCAAGACCUCGUCGUGCAUGGAGGAAGGAGGCUAUGACACCUAUGUGCAUGAUGCCCUGGGCAUGGUCCAAGCGUGCCGUGCCAGGGCUGCCCCGUGGGGGUGGCCCUCAUCCCCCCAGCCCCUCGACUGCUGCCACCCCGAGGUGACCUUUUAUGAGGGUCACUUCCUCAAGGUGCUCUUUGACCGGAUGACUCGGAUCCUGGACCAGCCCUACAGCCUGAACCUGCAGGUGACCUCGGUGCUGUCCCACCUGGCUGCCUUCCCCCAUCCUGUGCCCCCCUACCCCGGCCUGGCCCCUGGCUGCCGCUCGCUCUUCUCCGUCCUCGUCAGGGUGAUUGGGGAGCUGAUGCAGAGGCUCCAACGCGUUCCCCACUCCAGGGCCAAGCUGCUCCUGGUGCGCCAGCAGCUCCUGGGGCUGGUGCCUGGAGAGCAGAUGGACCACACGGUGCUCUUCAAGGGGGUGGUGGUGCUGGAGGAGUUCUGCAAGGAGUUGGCUGCUAUUGCCCUGGUCAAGGGGCCACCAGAGGGUCCUCCCUGA